AUGAUCUCCUCUUCUAAGGCGGGCUGGCACCUGCCAUUCGCGCUUUUGACGGUUACCCUUCUUCUCUAUGUCUCACUUGGGCUCUGGUCCUCUGGAUGGUUGACGGUCAGCCAGGCGCGGCCGGCGCAUGCGCUUGACGGCAUCCUCUCGCCAGAAACGAUCGAUGCGUUGUACGAAGAUGCGCGUUUGCAUCAUGCAAUAUUGGAACUAACGGAGAUUGUUGCGAAGACUUCGAUGACCUAUGGCGAUAGCUUGGAAAGUGGCGGACUAAAAGACUUUGGGAAGGGCUUGUCGGCAGAGGUCGCGCGGAUAAAGUCGACCGAUAGACCAACUCAAAACAAGAGGCAGCUUCUGGGCGGUGGGAAUGAUAGUGGAGGUUUGCUUUCCGGGUUAAUGGGCAUCCUUGGGGGAAAUGGAAAUGCUACCGGCUUAGGCGAUCUCUUCCAGCAGGGACUAUCGGGAGUCACAGGAUCUAUCGUCGAUGGACUGGCAACACCUGCUUACUUCCUUGGUAUAGGUCUUGCAAUGGGCGCGGAGAAUGGCCUUAAUCUCACUACCCAAGAUGAGUCGACAGCUAUCGCAACGAAGGUUGCAGCCGCGAGCGGACAACAGCCUACUGGUAUCAAUCUCGUCGCUCAGAAUCUCGGAACCGGGCUGAGCGCUCAGCUUGCACCCACUCUAGGCAACCUCAGCAGUGGGAACCUUCCCAUCGGGAUGGUGGCUUUCUCCCUAGCCCAAGGCAUCGGUCAAGGUAGUGGAAGCGGUCUCAAUCUCACGCAGCAACAAUUUCCGCCUUCAAAUGGUAGUGAUGUUAUGACUAUUGCUAAGAACUUUGGACUGGGCAUCACCGGGCCAAUUGCGAGCAGCUCAGGAGUACAAACAUUACUCAGCCAAGCUGGUGGAAGUAGCGACAUCAUGGCCCAAAUACCACAGAUAGCUGCUGCUGCAGGCGUUGGACUAGGACAAGGAGCCAGUAUAGGAUUGGGGUUGACCAAGAGUGGCACGACCGGGACUCUGGCCAAACGACAGGCAGCAAAUAGUCCAGCCCAGAUGGAUGUUCCAGGCAUCGUAGGAAACCUUACCCUAGGCCUCAGCCAGUCGUUUUUGGAGUCUUCGAACCUCAGCAUGCUCCUCCAAAGCAGUGGAGGUAGUCUCAACCUCGACAGUUCCAGCCUUGUGUCGCUAGCUUCUGGAGCUGGCAAGGGUAUCGGUGAAGGCAUCGCGUUGGGUUUGGGUGGCACUGCUGGAAACAACAGUACGGCUUUAGUUUCGCGGGCUACCAGUGGUGGCAACCAGACCGAAGAGCAGAUUGCAGAACAAUUCACCAAGAAUUUAGUAGUGAGCUUACUGCAAAAUGGCGGCCUGAAGGCGAUCGGAGACAGCUUGACCUCGCAAGCUGGAGGCCUCACGACUAAUGUAGAUAUAGCUAAAGCGGCCGAAGGCGCUGCGAGAGGUCUGGUGGAAGGCAGCGUCAGCGCGCUGUCGGAAGCCGGCGGCCUACAAAAGGUCAUCAAAGGUGAUUUUCCGGAAGAGCUCGCGACGAACCUUCCAUCGCUUCCUCAAACUAAGUUCAACGACUCUUUGAAUGGCUCCGUCGUGGCUUUCACGCGUGGUUUAUCCGGUGAAGGAGUUCUCCUGAUUUCGCAAAUGCUCAAUAUAGGGAAAAACAGCUCUGGAGCACCACCAGCGAAACGAAGCGUUGAUGCUCGCGGAGUAGCACCUUAUCGUCGUUUAAGCCGACGUGCCGAUACCGUUACUCCUGCUGUGGACGACCAGACAUUACAGGGAAUUGCUCAGACUGGAAUUGACACUAUCACCUGUGCUGGCGUUGGCGGGCUCGCUGCUCUUGCUCUGGGUGUUAUGCAAAGCCCAGUCUUGAAGGACAAUAAGGGCAACGCUACCUCCCCUCCACUUGACAACACUACUCUGGCCGCGCUUCCAAAAGGUCUUGUCACAGUCAUGAACCAGGGAAACAAGUUCACGAUCAACAUUGCUGAGCAGGCGGUAACAAUCAACGGGCUCGAGCUCAAACCUUUUGCGAUCAUGACAGCAUUGCACGUACUCUUCUCUACCUUGGCGUUCUUCUUUGCUCUUCCGGCUUAUCUCGCGCUGGGUGCGAUCUGGCGCUUCUCCGACAUGAUUGGCCACCCCAUCAACGAUGCGAAGAUGAAGAAGUGGCGGAUGAUUGUGCUCCUCGGCUUCUUCACUCCCCUUGCCUUUGUCGGCAUCAUCCUCGGGAUUGUCGGCAAAGGAUCAGCAGCGCAUUUCCAGACGGCACACAGUAUCUUUGGUCUCCUCGCGCUUCUUUUUAUCAUACCUGCUGUCGUUCUGAGCUUCAUGCGCCUUCGCACGACAGUGCCAAUUCCUCCUCCUUCAGCCUUCCUCUUCAAGAAACAGCUCGCUGCUAUCAAGGGUCCUCACAAGAUCCACAUAAUCGCCAACAUGCUCAUCCAGCAGGUGCUCAGCUUUGGAAUGAUAUCGUGGAUACAAGGCUUCUCGGACUUGCGCGCCAUCUCGCUGUGCAUAGUCGAUGCUGUUCUCACGGCGCCUGUGCUUGUUGGUCUGAUGAACUUGGUUCUAUUCAUGCAGAUUGGUGCCACCGGACUGUUGAUAGCAAGAUUCAUUCUCGAGCGCAGGAUUGCGAAGAGCGGUGGUGGGGAGCGUGGCGAUGUUGCGUUCACCGAGAAGGGUAAAUCUGGAACGAAGAGGAGCGACACCAUGAAAACAUUUGGCUUCGAGUCAACCCCUGUGCCCGAUCCGACUGCACGGCCGGCACUCGUAGAGCGGAGGACAGCCGAUCUUCUUGGGAAAGAGGACUCUAAGAUUGGCUGGCCGGUCGACGCGCGCAAAUUGGGUGAUCAAGAAGACCCGCAUCCUGGAAAUCGCGUGCCCUCCGUCUCUUCAAACCCCUUUGUCGAUCCACGAGAGCAAGUCCCACCACCGCAACUGUACAACGCCACACCAGGCGGCUUCGAAGGCGAGCGCAAGUCUCUCUUUCCUCCACCUCAGCCUACAAAUGUCACCGAAUACUACAACCCUGCGCCCGACGACUUCAGGCCUUCCUCUGAACUUGACCCGCAAAGCCGGUUCGUGAGCUAUGCCCCACCACCAAUCGAUACGCAGAAUCUGGGCGGCGGUGCACCAGGUCCGACACUCAGGCGGUAUGAUAGUUUCAGUCGGCCGCUGAAGACUCCGAAGACACCGAAGACCCCGACGGAAUUGGGCUGGGAUAGAGAUUUCGUGGCGAAGACCGACGAGGCGCCGCCCAGAGGGAACCCAUACUCCUAUGGGGCCAGGAAUGGGAAGUAA